AAAUUUUCAGAGUGUUUAAUCAUAAAAUUUAUUGUUUCUAUUGUAAAUUAAUAGAUUAAAUUAGUAAAAGCAAGCGCUAAAUAUGAGGAGAAAAACAUUUUGUGGCUUUCUUUUACUGCUCGUUUUUUAUAUAGCAGAUGCGCAAAGCCGUACCAAAAAUGUCGAAGAAAAGAUACAGCAGCUAACAGAUAUGACGACAAAACAGUCUAUCGUGUCGCUUAAUAUGAAUAAAUUUAAGGAGUACGUGAGGUCUCCACCAAGAGAUUAUUCUUUCAUAGUGAUGUUCACAGCGAUGGCCCCAAGCCGCCGCUGCACUAUUUGUCAGCAUGUAUACGACGAGUACUUGAUUGUGGCCAACUCCUUCCGUUACUCCCAGGGCUUCAACAACAAACUGUUCUUUGGUAUGGUAGACUUUGAUGAAGGCUCGGAUAUUUUCCAAAUGUUGCGUCUCAACACUGCCCCAGUAAUUAUGCACUUCCCAGCUAAAGGCAAGCCCAAGCCUGCUGACUCCAUGGACUUCGAAAGAGCUGGGAUUGCAGCUGAAGCCAUAGCUAAGUGGAUUCAGGAUAGAACAGAUAAUCAGAUAAGGAUAUUCCGUCCACCAAACUAUUCUGGUGCACUUGCAAUCACUCUACUUUGUGUACUAGUGGGUGGUUUCUUGUAUGUCCGUCGGAACAAUCUGGAGUUCCUGUACAAUAAGCAAAUGUGGGCAGUCGCAGCUUUGUUCUUCUGUUUUGCUAUGGUCUCCGGACAAAUGUGGAACCAGAUCAGAGGACCACCAUUCUUCCAUAAGGGCAAGAGUGGCCCAGUCUACAUUAAUGGAGGAUCACACGGCCAAUUUAUUUUGGAAAGCUACAUCGUAGCUAUGUUGAACUGUGCUGUUGUUGUGGGUAUGAUUCUCAUGAUAGAAGCAGCUGGAGGUGCGAAAGGGACAGAAGUAAACAGAGCACAAGAUGGAAAAAGACGGAGAUUCCAGAGUAUAGUGGGAUUGGUGCUUGUGUGUGUGUUCUUCUCAUUACUUCUGUCUGUGUUCAGAACGAAGACUCAGGGGUAUCCCUACAGUUUUUUAUUUAAGUAAAACCAGAAUCACAAGAGGUUUAAGAAAACUUUAGUUUGUUUUAAUUUAAAAUUCAACCUAUAAUAAAUAUUAAUUUUGUUUUA